UACAGGACACUUUGCUAGUGACAGAGCUUAGAUUAACAUCCAGAUACUGACGUGAGUUUGAGGUCAUAAACUAACCGUGACAUUGCUUUUUAAGACUAUUUUUUCAUUACAUUUCUUCAGAAUGAUUUUUAUUUGUUUGAUUUGAAUAAGGAUUGUGUAUCCUGUAUUUUAUCUAGUCAUAUAGUGUAACAUUUGAUUUUUUUCUUCUAUUAAUUCAGAGAAUUAGUUAUAGUUUUUAAGUUAUAUUUUCAUAGUUUUAAAAUUUAGCUUCUUUAAGUUUCCGUAUACCCCAUUGUCCUUACAGAUAAAAGUUCAAUUGUAUGUGCACCGUGCCUGUUUUGCGGUUAAUUUUGGUAUUGAAAAUGUUGCUGCUGGUGUGGACUAGGGGCUCGUGUUCCCUACUUUUACUGGCUGCGGUCUUGAGAAUCGGAUAUUCUCAAAGGGCUGACGGCCCUGGAUCCAAGGUGAAUUCCAUCAAAUCGUCUCUUCUGGGGCAAACUCCAACCCAGGCAGCCAACCGCUCCAUCACUUUCCCUGUGGGUAUCAUCAGCAAGAAAGGAAACAACCCCGGCCAGGUUUACCCUUGCAGCAGUGAUAAGGAAUGCAGUGUUGGGGGCUAUUGCCAUAGUCCUAACCACGGUCCUUCCAGAUGCCUGGCUUGCAGAAGGAAGAAGAAGCGUUGCCAUAGAGAUGGCAUGUGCUGCCCUGGAAACCACUGCAGCAAUGGUAUCUGUAUUGCUGUAUCUGAGAGCAUUCUUACUGGACAUAUGCCUGCUAUUGAAGGGCACGACAAGAACAAUGGACAGCUGUCUACCGGUGACAUGGGAUGGCAGAACCUUGGGAAAACGCAGUCCAAGCUACCAAAUGUAAAAGGUCACGAGGGCGAUUCCUGUCUCCGUUCUUCUGACUGUGCGGAAGGCUUCUGCUGUGCCCGCCAUUUCUGGACCAAAAUCUGCAAGCCAGUCCUUCGCCAGGGGGAGGUGUGCACAAAACAGCGAAAAAAGGGCUCCCAUGGCCUGGAGAUCUUCCAGCGCUGCGACUGUGCAAAAGGACUUUCUUGUAAAAUCUGGAAGGAUGCCACUUCCUCUUCAAAAUCCAGACUCCAUGUUUGUCAGAAAAUAUAAAGGAGAAUAGCUCACGCUUUUAUAACUGUGAAAUUUAAGUAUUUAAAAUAAGGAGACACGGUGGGUUUUCCUGUGGCUGACUGCGUGCCAUUUCAUGUUCCUGAAAUGCACGAGUGACGGGUGUUGGGUUGCAGCAGUGUUGGUCGUUAGACGAUCCACUUUGUGGCUUCUGAAAUGUAAAUAAUGUUAUCUUAUAUUGGUGCCAUUUUGAAACCACAAAAACAGUUUUUCUUGCCAAAUGACCUGCAAUGAGGCUAUUUAUCUGUCUGAAUCCAAGCCUUAGCUUGUUUUUGGCUGUUGACAAGAUUCAGCUUCUUUGCAACAGAGACACUAACUAUUAUUACUUAAUCAAGAAAUUUCACAACAUGACUUUGUGUGACAGGGUCACAUGAGUUUUGGCAUUCCAUUAUUUACAGAAGUGUAAUUGGUAGCCUUUUCAUAGGAUGAGAAAAAUAUCUUAAAAUAAUAAUACUAGGUAGAAAACAUAGUAAGAAACUGACAAUAAACGAACCGCUGAAACCAGUAACUGAGUUGAAUAAACUUUUUUUUCAAAAAAAAUAAAUAAAUAAAUAGUGUACAGUGUUUUAGCCACAGUCCACAAUCAUUGUAGGAAUCAGGCUGUAUAUUUACAGAUAUGUCUAGGUAUAUAGCCACAUUGUUGAAAGCAGACCAGAAAGCUUAAUAUUUUGCUUUAUAUAUUUUGUAUGUGUAUACUUAAAUCACAUUAAGCAAAAUACAUAUUUUUUUAGUUUUUGAAUAAAUGAAUAAGCAUCUGGUUUAUAGUGGAAUUCCCAGUUCUACCUUGGGGGAAGAAAAUUGACUUAAUGCAGAGCUUGGCUACACUAUUCUAUGAAGCAGUCAUUUUUCAUACAUGAUUCCAUCUAGGGUUGAAUGAUAUUUUUGGUCUCCCUUUUGAGUCUUGAUUAUUUAUAGUACUGGAUAAUAAUCAAUAACAAUGGUAUCAUCUGUGAAUAUCAUGGCAGUUAUCUAAACUAUAAAGGAUACGCACCAAUGCUGCAGAGAUGUUUUGUUCUUUAUUUUAUUUUAUACUAACUGCUUGUACCUGAUUUAUCCAUGGGGGGGGGGGGGUCAGACGUAAUUAAAAUGGGCAUGGGCAAGGCAAAGUGACUGGUACUUCAUUGAACCCUCUCCUCUUUUGUAGAAGAAAGUAGUAGUAUUAGUAUUAAUGGCUUGAGCUAAUUUGCUGGGAUUUCUCAUUUCUGUUUUCAGUCAGCUUGUUGUUUGGAAUAUAAAUUCUAUAUCAGAUCGAUUUCAUAUACAGAUAGCAUACUUUAGUACUGUGGACCUCUUUUAAACUGAAAAAGUUAUUUUCUUCAUGUGCACUUGGUUCCUAUGUUCUAUUAGACUGCGCUUUCAUGUGCAGGUAUCCUGUUUGUAAUUUAACUAAUGGUUUUAACCUGCUUUAACAAUGUGUGGCCAACGAUCAAGCUCCCUUUUUAAAUGUAAAUCUUUUUUGAAGGAUCUAUCUGGCAUUAUUCAUUUUUUAGAAUUUUCAAAGGGCAUUAUUUUGUAUUAUAUGGUCAAAAACAAAGAUUCCGGAGAUUAUGGCUUUAUAUCGUUCAAAUUAUUUCAUUUUCUUUAUUAUUCCAUAGUUCCCGACUUUCUUCAUUAUAGAAUUGAAAGCAAUACACUUUUUAAUGUAAAUAAAAUGUCCGCUAUUGCCAAUGUAUUUAUGGAUCAAGAUUAUAUCGUGUACAGUUUUGCACUUGUGUUUUAUUGUAAGAAGGAGAUCUUUUUUGUUUAAGAAUAUAUUCUUUGUGGUAAGCACCAAAUGUACAAGCAGUAUUGAUAGAAAUGAUUUUAAAAUUAAUAAAUAGAUAAUAAUGUCUAUCCUCAAAUAAGAAAUACAUUAGAGCUACAUUUAACCAUGCUGAAAAUAAAUGUAUUAAAGCACAUUAGGAAUUAUUUGUGCUAAACACAUUUCCUCAGUAUGAACUUUAAAGGAAUUUAUUGCUAUUGGUUCUUAUCUGGGAUUGAUACUGUCAGUGUGGUACCAAUUACUCUGUAUAUAGAAACUUGAAGCACAGUUGCUGAUGCUUUUGGUGUAAUCGGCAGUUGGCUAAUUAGAGCUGUUAAUAUUUAGUUUUUUUUUAUUAUUGUUGUGUAUUUGCUUCUUUUAUGUAUAAAUAAAAGUGUUUGUAUUUUGUU